UCUGUGAGAACAAUGGCAGGACAGGAGGUUUCACAAGCGUGUGGUUUGACUGUUUACUGAGAUGUCGCGGUCCAUACGCCUCGGCACGGAGAUAACGCAAGCCGCGGGCUGCCAGCUCUCACAAAAGGGAGAGAGGCUGUUUGUCCCCAUAACUGCCUCCUUGUCACCAUGCUGCCAGCCUGACCAGACUGUGGUCGCCACUAUCUCUCCUUCUGGGUCUGGGUCUGGUUCUGGACCACAGUGAAGUCUGAACUGAAACAGUUGUUACCAUGGCAUCACUGCUGACCAAAGUUAUUGGGAUAAUGUUAGCGUUUGUUUUUGAUCCUGAAAACGCUGUGAGGUCCUCCCCCUGUGCUCAGGUCUGGGUUCCAGCAAACACUGUGCAUCUGGGGUCCUCCGUCUCUGCCACCUGCAUCCUGAGCGACGACUGCCCCCUGGCACAGGGCCAGGACGUGCAGGUCGCGUGGCGUCUCAAUGGGCGGCACCUUCCUGCGGGACGGCCAGCCAAUCAGAGCGCACGGAGCUACGACGUGGUCGUGCCCAGCUUCACGGACGCCUGGGGGGACCUAACAUGCUGUGUCCACACUGAGACAGAGUGUCAGGAGGUGGCAGGGGUGAAAGUCCAAGCGGGAUACCUGCCGUCGCCCCCCCGCAACCUGAGCUGCGUCACCAACCUUACAAGGCCGUGCACCCUCACCUGCGAGUGGACACCAGGGCCGGAUAGCCUGCUGCCCACGGCCUACACCCUGCACACAGAGAUAAGGCACUCCAGAACAGAGAGGAAGACUUACACUUUGCCGGAAGGGGUGCACGCCUACACCAUCCCGCGAGUCGACUUCGCUUUCUUCUGUGAGAUGCGCAUAUCUGUCACUGCCACAAACGCCCUGGGUCAGGCCUCAUCCGAGCCACUGCUCCUGGACCCCAUGGAGAACGCCCAGUUCGACCCCCCCGAGGUGCUGCAAGUGUGGGCAGAGCCUCAGAGGGAGGGUUGCCUGAAGAUACGAUGGAAGCUCUCCGACGACCAGGCGUGGGUGGUGAACGUGGCCGUAGAUAUAAGCCUGAAAGCCGGGGACAGCCAGCUGUGGACCUCGGCAACGAAGCGCGUGCAGGACCCGCUCGUCCCAGAGAUGGUGGAGCGGUGCCGCCUGCUCCAUGGCACGGAAUACCAUGCCCAAGCGAGGGUGAGUUACCCUCCGGGCCCCUGGAGCGCGUGGAGCAAACCGCUGGCAGGCACCACCCCUGAGAAAGUUCCUACGGGUCGUCUCGCCACGUGGCUGAAGGUCUUCGGGGAACAAUCCGGGGCGCAAUCUGCACUGCUCUUCUGGAAGCCAUCGGACCAGUUCCGAGCCAACGGCAGGAACGUGUCUUACCACGUCUUGCUUAAGUGGCCUCCGGGCAGGUGGAGGCAUGAUGUGCUCUGCGACACGCCGCACGGCCACUGUGCUUUCAGCCUACCCCAGGGGGCAACAAGGGUGUGCAUCACAGCCAGCAACUCUGCGGGAGAGUCUGUGCCCAUGUGUUUGCCCGUAUACCGGCACACAGGCCUGGAACCCGUCUCCGGUCUCAGCGCCUCUCCCACUGGGGACAACGGCCUCCUAGUCAGCUGGGUGGCCCCAAGCUCUUCUGGUCUGCUUGGGUUUACAGUUGAAUGGAGCCCACUCUUGGAGACAAACCCAGUCUUUCUCUCUUUCGACGUGGCUGCAAAGAGCGAAUCCAGUUUCCUCAUCACAGAUCUAAUCGAGCCAUACCGGCCCUACAAGAUCUCAGUGUAUUCCAGAUAUGAUGAAGGAAUAGGUGCCCCGCGCACAGUGGAAGCCUACACCCUGGAGAAAGCACCCUCCGAAGCCCCUGAGCUGCAGGCCAUGGUGAUGCGACACACGAGCGUGGAGCUGACCUGGAACGACAUCCCACUGGAGCAGCGAAACGGGAUCGUCAGUUAUACCAUACACUACUGGAAUGAAGAGGAGCAAAAAGAAGCUGUGAGCAUCAAGCCGACCAACAGGAAGCUGAUCCUGAAAGACCUGAAGCCGCUGUCCAUGUACAAAGUCCUCAUCCAGGCCAGCACAAAUGGCGGAAGCUGCAACGGAACCAUCCUGACCUUCAAGACCGAAGAAACAGACUUCUGGGACAUCACAAUGAGCGCCUUUCUCAUCGGCACUCUUCUCCUACUGCCUAUUUCCACCACUUCCGUCAUCUGUUUCAAGAAGCGCAAGAGGCUGAAGAUGCGACUUUGGCCAGUGGUGCCGGACCCAGCCAACAGUAGCAUCAGGGACUGGAAGGACGCCGGCACGCUUCAGAAGGACAGUCAUCGUAAACAGGACAUCCAUGAAGCUUCACCUGUGAACCUUUCGUGGUUCAACCUCCUGGAUAUCCCGGAUAAGGACGACAGUGAGGCGGAGGAGAGCUGCCAGCCAGGUGGCGUGAAAGCCGGCGACGCUGACCACUGCCCGGAGGUGCAUCCCAGCCCAGGUGGAGACCCAUCGCCUAGGGACUCGGUCCCUUAUGUCACUGUGGUCUUCAGCAGCCCAUACAGGAGUCAGGCACAGAGCCCGCCCCAGGCCUACCUGAGGUCUGAGUCCACACAGCCUCUCCUAGGGGACGGACCAUCCAGCCCAACACCAUCUCAGGAAGAUGGAGCAGAGUCAGGGUCCUUCUCUGAAUGCGGUGGGGAGCUGUGCACUCACAAGGGAGGCUGUGUGUCAUGGGGCGACUUCCCGAUGCUGGGGGCACUAGAGACACACAACGCUGAUCCAUUGGACUGAGGCCUAAGUCAUAUUGGAUUUGUAACAGGAUUGCAACCGAUUAAUAACCUCCCAUUUUCAUAACCAAGUACAUUAAAGAUCCAUGGAGUGAUUCUUGUCAAGAAAGAUAAGACUAUGAAUGUAAUGUAUAUUUUUGUUACACGUUUUUGAUAUGUCUAUGUACAGAUUUUUUUCACAAGGAAAAUGCCUCAACUUUACAGAAGUAUCGAGAUAAUUUUUAUACGUAUUAUUUUGAACAGAUGGUUUAUUUACACUGAAUUGGUAUAUGAAUAUCUGCAUAUAUACUUACAUAUAAGUGUGUUUCCUAUUUGUCUGGUGCAUAUUUGUAAUACAUUUUAAAAAUAAAAAUAU